AUUGUAGGUAAAGUCAAUAGCACAUCAAAUUUUUCACGUGUAGUAUGGUGUUUGUGAUAAGAACAGUAUAAAACCCAAUAUGUGAAUCUCCACGAGCUCUUGGCUGUACGGAAUGGAAAUAGUGAAUUCGUUCGAGUUUCGACGUGCGGGAAUGAUCGAUCAACCACGGGUCUCUAUGGGGGCAACUGCGCCUCUGCCUCCCUCUGGCGACGCCCUUGUUCUGCCUGCACUGCGCAUAUGGAUUCCAGAUUCCUCAUUCCUAUGAUAUGCGUUAUUGAAAUUAAUAUGAAUUUAGCAGAUUAACUUUGUUAUGGAUACAUAUAGUAUAUUUUAAGCUCUGUAAAGAACUGAAAGGUGUUUGGGUCGUGAACAAUUCAGAACACAUUUUCAUGCAACAUGUAGGUAACUCAAAAAAUAAGUUUAUUAUAAGAAUAUUUUACAUUUUUUAUUGGUCGUAUUUAUUUAGAUUUAAAUCUGAUCAAAACAUUGGUGAUUAGCAUUGUAAGUAAAUCAGUAUAUCGGAGUUCGAACAAUUCUGUAAAAUUUUGCAAAGGUUUAUAGUUAUUCAAAAUAAUAAUUAUAAUAUUUGUUAUAAUAUGUUUUUAUGUGUAGUUAUUUCAUAGCUGAUUUUAAUAUUAUGACCGACAUUAACUGUGCGAAUGAAUAUUGAUGUUUCUACUAAAUACACAACAUGUUGGAAUACUUAUAUAAUAUGAAAAACAAGUUAAUGUCUAUCAAAUGGUUUACGAUUGAAACAAAAUCGGAUUUGAUUGAUUUAAAUGGCAUAUUUCGCAAUUAGUUUUCCAAAUCAAACCAAGUAGAUUGAUAGCGUACUUAACCUGUCUAGGAACAUCUGAAUGUGAAAGAAUAAUAAAUAAGUCUUGUAACGUGAUUUUUUGUUUUUCACAAUAGGUACCCGAUGUUUUUCAAAUUUAUCAAAC